AUCGUGUUCGCUACCGAUCUGCAAGUUUCCUAUCCUACAAACAGCAGCGCACAGCCCGGCAGCAGCAGCACCAGGCAGGAGAAGGCGUUGAAAAAGGGAAUUCAGAAUCUGCGGCAGCCAGCUUGAACCUAAUAGCCAGUCUGGCUGGAUCGAACGAAGAGUGCACGACCCUUCCGCGAUACGCGUUGUACGAUACACUUUUCUUCCGUGCAUUUUUCUCAAGCCGACACAUUCUCUGAAGCGUAUCGCAUGCAUAUUGGAACGGACAGCGUUCACUGUUCUGGACGGAACGGGGAGUAGAUUGAACGAUUGGUGAUAAAACUGAUAAGGUGAAAGUGUAACUACGGCAGUGGCAGACGUCGCGAUUCAAAAAAGUGAUGAAGUAGGAGAGUGCAACGCAAAUGUGAAGCUCUUUAAAUUGGUCGUGAUUUUACUUCAAGUUGCCAUUGCCAAGCUGAUUGGUGUGAUUCAUUCGCACGGUGGUACCUUGUAUGCUAUACGCGACCGUUGGUUUACUGCGAUUCCGUACAGCGACCAGAAAGAGAAGAAACCAUAUCACGGGGUAGGGGAGUUGGGAGUUAGGUGGACAUUCUUUUUGAAAACUCGUUCCCGUUAGAAUCGCUAAGCAGCUGAUUGGUAUUCUACUAUCGGAAAAUUGUUGUGGUCAACAGUACUGAUAUGACGCAAAUUAAAACGAACCCCCGACUCCCUCAUUCAGACAAAGAUAGUUGUUGAUCUUUUGCCGUUUAUGGCGUAAGCAAAAGAACCAACCGUAGUCAGCCAGUCAGUCAGUCAGUGGCGAUGAAUGGUUAGUAGGUACAUAGUUUCGUCAUCUCGUUUGAUUAGUAAGAACGUUAGAACUAGUCGAGGACGGUGCGGAUUCUAAUUGGUUACGUCGUUCCUAUAGGGAGCUCUCAGUGCCCUCGCGAAGUACGCAUGAGUACGAGUUUGGAUCGUUAUCUGAGCGGGUUAAGGUUAACAGGUGUUGUGCAUUUGGCGCGUAAUUUGUUGAUAAGGAUAGCGUUAUACAAACGCAGACUCUAAUAAGGAAGUUCAUUGCUACCACAGUUAGUGAGAUCUACUGCAAACGGUGUGCAGCAUUACGCUACGUGAUCAAUUUUUGUAUUAUCACCGACUGAUGGGAGUGUGUACAGCCGACCGAUGCUAAUUUGCGGGUUUGUAGCCUUGUGUUAAUUGAACGGUUUUGUUUUGCUUGUGAAAGCUACCGCCGAUGACAGCGACGCAGUCCAAUGCAGAUGAAGAGUGAAAUCAACUUGAAGGCCGAUAUUAUGAAAUUUCAUAACUACAGCAGCCCACCAGAGAAAGGGAAGAUACGAACUAUCAGCGCAUCAUCAAACCAAGGCUCACCACAGCAGCAGCAGUUAGAUUCAGCAGCGCAGCAGACGCAACAGCAUCAGCAGUCAGCAGUACAACAACAGCCACAACAGAAACUUCAACAGGUGUCACCGGCUCAGCACCAUCAACAACAGCGCCAGCAAAAGCAAGUAGUCAGUCUGAAAACCAAAAUUACUGCCCAGCAGCUGCUACAGCUGCAGCAGCAGCAGCGGCAACCGCUGGCAAAACGGGCCCGAUUCGAGUCCGUUCCCACCGAACAGGAACAGGACGACGAGGAGGACCAGGAGAUUGACACAUCGGCCACCGAGUCCGAAACGGAAAUGGACCAAACGGCGGGGGACGAGAAAAUGGUGAUCGUAUCCCAUCCUAGCCAACGGUUAGACGCCAGUGCACUGAAGGUCAAAGGAGCGACGACGGUACUGGUAGCGGAGGAAUCCGACUCGGAAGACAGGCAGGAUCGGAAAAGUUUCAAACGCAAAAUGGUCAGCAAGCCGAACAACACAAACACAUCCACGAAGGUAAAGCUUCAGAUGGUGCACGAGUUUCCCACACUGUUUCUGGGACUGAGGCGCAACCGAAUUUUCCUGGUGAAUUCGUUAGCGCAGAGCUUUGAGCUCAACCAGCGUGAUAUCAUUCUGACGCUGCGGAAAAUCAAACUGAAUGAGCACAACGCCCGACUGGCUAGUGUUUUCGGACUGACCGACGGAGAGGUGGAAAUCUUGUUCCGUACAAGUGUGCCUAAAAUAGCGGAUUGUUUGCGAAAUUUUAUCGUCUGGCCGGACGAUAUCACAAUGAAGCUGAACGUUCCCAUCAACCUGCGGCAGCAUUUUAACAAAAUUCAUCUUAUCCUGAACUAUCUGGUGAUCAAAGUACGACAGAAUGCCGUCAAAUAUCUUUCUCAAGCGCAGAUGGAGUCUUCGUACUGCGAGCUGGACCAAUGCCACAAAUUGAAAUACCUAAUCGCGUCCACGCUGGACGGUUGCGUGUGCUUUGUCUCGCGAGGCUUCGGCAUCCAGACGGACGACGAGGCAGUAUUGGCACAGUCCGGUUUUCUGACCAAGUUCAAAACCAACACGAAUCUGAUAGCCGGUAAAAAUUUCCACAAUUUCGAAGAUCGCCUCACCAAUGGAAAUGAUCACGAUCACGAAAACAACAACGGGGGCGGUACGGCGGCAGGAGCAGGACGAGUCGGUUCGCAUGGUAGAUCCGAUGGAUCCGGUGCUGGUACCGGAGACGACUCCGACCUGGAACGGACGCUGACGACGAGUAACGAGGACGAUAACUUCGAAGAAAUAGUGUCGGAGAAAAUCAGCAAAAGUAGAACGUUCAAGCUGAAAAAUUACAUCGAGAGCGUGCUGGAGAGCUUUCAGGGUCACAUGAUUCUGUCGCCGACGGCGUGUGUGGACGGUGAGACACUGGAGCUGCUGGACGACGUCGUGGUGAUUGUCGGGGCGCUCAUAAACCUGCAGAAGCAGGAGGUGGAGUAGAGGUGUAAGUUUACAAAAUGAAACCCCUUUGUUAGUAGGAUUCAUAUCGAUAAGAAGUUAGGUCGAUAAUAGCACCCGCUGUAGAGCUCAGUUUCUUUUCUUUCUGCUUGGAAUUUCUAUUACUAUUUUUUAAUUUGUUGACGAUUUUCGUUUUUUUUUUUUGAAACUGGCCAGGAGACUGGAUCCCCCGAUGCAGGGGGAGAUGAAGAAUGCAACAGUCACCGGCACUGUGUAGACACACAAGAAGAUGCGUUAGCUCGUAUUGUAGAUAAUUUAUUAUUGGUAUAACACCUAUACUAAACUAUUAAUAUAACUAAAAAAUAAAGUUUAUCGAUGAAAUAUAAUGCAAUCAAUUUUAGACAGAAAACAGAAGAAAAAAAUUACAUUGUAGACAAUUUGAUUUAGACUGUCGAAUAGGACUAAGGCGGGCGUGAGCCGCAAAUGAUAACCUGAUAAACGGUCGCAGUCGAAAAAUUACACUAAGUGGCUAAUGGUUCAACGUUGCAGAGAGAAGGUUUGGGGUCACAUUAUGCAACCAAAUAGAAACAACUUUUUCGUACAAGCUUA